ACGAGAGGGAGCGCGAGCCGGUCGGAGACGUUCUCUCGCAUUCUGUCCUAAACAGUGCGAACAGCGCGACUAUGUUAGAUAUUACUGCAUUGUUUUCGGUAAAUGAACGAUAAAAUACAGGGUAAUCUAUCGGUAUUUCUAUGCUUACAGAUCGCUCGUAAAUUAAGUUUAUACAAUUACACUGACGGCAAUCAAUUAUAUUUAUAACCACACCACACGGAUAUGAGAUAAAGUUUUCAUUUUAUCAAUAACAUUUAAAAAUAUAAUGUCUGUUGGUUUUCCGCAAUGGACGAAAACUACGAUGGUUUGGUUUUUCGUAAUCGUUAUAGGUCUAACAUAUUCAGCAACCAUCAAAAAAGAUAUAACAUGUUAUGUAUGUACACCAAAUCCAAUUUCUGAUAACACAGAAACUUCAGAAAUUUCUAUUACGUUUUCAAAUUAUAACAUUGAAACUAUACCAACUUGUGGGUCAAACGCUGCUAUCAAUUUUACAUUAAAAUGUCCAGAAGGAUAUAAAGGGUGUCUAACUAAAACUUAUGGUAAAAGUAUAUUGAAAUCUUGCAAUGAGUAUCCAAUCACUGAUUGUAAAAUAGCAAAUAAUGUGAAAUAUUGUUUUUGUGCUAAUAAUUUAUGUAAUGAUGCAACAGUCUUAACUCCAGUUCCAAUUUCAACAGAUGAUGAAGAUUUAGACCAAUUGCCAGAAGAUGGAAGUGGGUUAUUUGAUGAUUUGACAAAUUUAGAUAAACAUAAAUUCACCAACAAAAUUAUUAACACUACAGUAAUAUUAAAUACAACUAUGAAAAAUAAUACAUUUACGAAGGCAUCAGCUGAUAAACUAUUGCUGCCUAAGCGUAUUUUUAUUUUAAGUUUAGUAUUCAUAACUUAUAAAGCUUUAUAAUGUUGAUAACCUUUUUAAAAUAGUUACAAGUCUAUAACAUUGCAAAAAUUAGUGAUAUAUUUUAAUAAAAUCAUGAAAUAUGGAUGUAUAAUAUUUUAAAUAUAAUUGGUUAACGUUCCUUAUAAUUUUUAAAUUCUAAAUGAAGCAAUAAAAAUAUCCUUAAAAUUGACUACUUAACCUAUUUCAACAGGAAUAUUUUAAAUA